AGAGGCGGACGCACCGUUACGCACCAGACCAACUACUGAAACAAAUAAGCGAAAGGGAUAAAUAUACUUAUUUAUAUAUACAACUUUACGAACUGAUCACUUCUUCUGUGUUAAAUGGAUACCGGUUGUUUCUCCGCGGCGCAGCGUAUUUCGUGCCACACCAUGAAUGCGGAUUUAUUUAAGCCUGUUCCGGAGCGUGGACCCCAACAGUCCUCUGUCCCGGUGAAAACCAGCAGGAAUAAACCCGAACAAACCAAACCGGAGCUGGCCCAGGUGGUGACAGACUCCAAGACGGGGAGAUCUUACAGCAAAGGGAAGCUUUUGGGAAAGGGUGGCUUUGCUCGAUGCUACGAGAUGACAGACCUCUCCAACAACAAAAUGUAUGCCGUGAAGGUGAUUCCACAGAGCAGGGUGUCCAAACCACACCAGAGGGACAAGAUUACGAAUGAGAUCGAGCUGCACAAAACCCUGUCACACAAGCAUGUGGUGAAAUUCUCUCAUCAUUUUGAAGACCAAGAAAACAUCUACAUAUUCCUUGAGCUCUGCAGUCGGAAGUCCCUAGCACACAUUUGGAAGGCCAGACACACACUCACAGAGCCAGAAGUGCGAUAUUACCUCAAACAGAUCAUAUCCGGCCUCAAGUACCUCCACAGCAGAGGCAUCCUACACAGAGAUCUCAAACUAGGCAACUUCUUUGUCAACGAGAACAUGGAACUGCGGCUGGGAGACUUUGGCCUCGCCGCCAAGCUGGAGACAGUCGAACAGAGGAAAAAAACGAUUUGUGGGACUCCCAACUAUUUGGCCCCCGAGGUGCUCAACAGACAGGGCCAUGGCACAGAGUCUGACGUUUGGUCUCUUGGAUGUGUCAUGUACACACUGAUGUGCGGCAAUCCUCCUUUUGAGACCCUUGACCUGAAGGAGACUUACAAGUGUAUAAAGGAAGUUCGGUACAACCUGCCCUCCACGCUUUCCCCCGCUGCACAGAAACUCAUCUCAGGCAUUCUGCAGAAAAACCCCAGCGACAGACUUUCACUGGAUCAAAUCCUCAACCACGAAUUCUUCACCAAAGGUUUCACCCCUGAUAAGCUUCCCCCCAGUAGCUGUGUAAUGGUGCCAGAGCUCCACCCCCCCAGCCCUGCCAAGAAAUUCUUCACUAAAAUGGCCAAGAGCUUCUUUGGCAAAAAGAAAGCAAAAGUGGAGAAGAUUCCAUGCGAGGAAAAAGAUGACAAAGACAUUUCCAAGCUGGUGUCUGGCAUCGUGAAAUGUUCAAUCAAACACCAGAUCAGCUACAAGACAGUGGGACCCAAUGAGGUGCCCUCUCCCACCGGUCAGCUGGUCAGCUCUGUGCCUCUGGAACAGACUCCUGCAGAGGAGGAAUCCAGGAAAUCAAUCUCUCGCUCCUUCAAGGGCACCAUGGCCAGCAGCACUGAACCAUGCGAGGAUGUCCUGACCCCUGCAGCUGUUGCUGAAUCGGCCAUGAAAGUUCUCAACGGCUGCCUGGCCACCAUGCCUGCAGCCACCAGAAACCCACCCUGUUUGUCCAGACCUCAGUCCUUCCUGUGGGUGACUAAAUGGGUCGACUAUUCAAACAAAUAUGGUUUUGGCUACCAGCUGUCGAACCAAAGUAUCGGCGUUCUCUUCAAUGAAGGAACACAUCUCAGUCUUUGUGACCAACGCAAGACAGUCCACUACUGCUUGACCAACAACAAACACUUCAGUUUCCCUGCCAACUCUCUACCUGAGCAGCUUCGCAGCCAGAAACAAAUUGUAGAGCUAAUGGCCAACUACAUGGAACAGAACCUCAUGGAGGGUGGAGAUCUGCAUUGUGAGGAACAGGUCUCUGGUGCUCCUCCUCUGCUGCUCCAGUGGGUGAAGACUGACCACGCGCUUGUCAUGCUCUUCAACAACGGCACUCUACAGGUUAACUUCUACACAGACCACACCAAACUCAUCCUGUGCAAGUCAUCUGAUGACUCCUACUUACUCACCUACAUCAGCCGGGAACGCGUCUCAUACACUUACCUCCUCAGCAUGCUUAAUGAGAUAGGCUGCACCUCCGAGCUACGACACCGACUCCGCUAUGUGGUGCAGCUGCUCCAACAUCACGCUGAUGCCUGAGAGCAUAGCUCUGUGCCUCCCAGGCUGCCAGAGCAGCAGAUGCCUUAGAGGCAACCUGACUGGUUGACACC